AUGUCGCUUCCUUUCUCCAACCAGCCCCCGGAGUCGCGGGUUCCCUACGCUAUCCCUCAGCUGGAGGGUGAGCGCAUUACUAUCCCUGGAAGCAAAGGCGUCUUCCGCAUUUUGACUUCCUCCAAGCAGACCGGGGGCCUGAUGGCCGUCUUCCAGAGUGGUGCUACUCUCUCGGAUGCCCCGGGCUUUCACUAUCAUAAUAAGGCACAUGAUGUCUUCUUGGUCACGAAAGGAUAUCUGAAGCUGUGGAACGGAGACCAGUGCCGUAUCAUGGCUCCUGGUGACUUUGCAUAUGUUCCUCCGACCGUUGUUCACAACCCCGAGAUGAUCGGCCCCCACACCGAGAUCCAAGGCUUGAUUACCCCCGGAGACUGGGUGGACUUCUUCCGCUAUGUGUCGGAGCCCUACGAGGGAAUCCUGGUACCCGAGACAGACAACCGUGAUCUCAAGUCCAUUUUGAUCCCUAAAGUUAUGGCCGCGAAGGGGAAGUUCGAUGUUGUCUUCCAACCCAACUAUGUCCCACCAGAGGUCAGUGACUGGACAAAGGAGGACGAGAAGCUGCCACAGGGCAACGAGGGGUAUUUCCUGCGCGCCAACACAGGUCCCCGAUGGAUGCUAGGUGGAGUGAUGUCUCGGCCAUUCGUUACCACCAAACAGAGCGACGGAGUGUGCGCUAUCUCAAGCAUUGAGUCAUCCAAGGAAUACGGCGAAACAGUCUUCGCCAAGUACAUGACAUUCAAGUCCGUGGACCAUUGUCUGUGUGUCAUGGAGGGAACUCUGAAAGUCAGCCUAGAAGGUUCGGGCGAGACUCUCUUCCGAGAAGGCGAGACGGUUGUUAUUCCUGCUGGCCAGGCCUUCUCACUUGGGUUCGAGAGCAAGUACGUUAAGGUCCACUCGUUCUCCGAUGGCGAUGGAAUCGAAUCCUUGAUCCACCAGCUCGGCAAGUCUAUCGAACAAUUUGUUCUGCCAGAACAGGCUGCUGAAUGGGAUGCAUCCCAAUUAGCCACUGCAGCUGAGAACCUCAAUAUUACCCUCUCAUAA